UUUUACGGCAGCCAACUGUUAGCUCUCCGGAACGAUGUCCAUCCGUUACUGGGGACUCAGCGGGCGUGCCACCGUUUGUUUUCCUUUUCUUGUCUUUUGUAUUGUGGCACAAUAGCUGAGGUGUUUUCCACCUCCAGCUAAUGUGUAAUGAUGAUGAUGGCUAGAUGCUGCUGCUGUCUGUCUGUUUUGAUCACCGCUGCUUUUGGAGCAUUCCUGUUGUACGAUGGCAACAUCACACUAGCAAUGCAGAUGUUCGACGGAGGAUUUUCGGACGAAUAAACUGCUGGCGGCUGAACGGUAUAAUUUCUCUGCGCAGACUUCAAUGGCUUGAGCAUGUUCGCAUGCCUGCUCAUCCUUUAGCUUGCCGUGCCCUUUUCGCGCUCACAGAAGUCGGCUGGAAGCGAAAGCAAGGUGGCCAACAUAUGACUUGGGCGAGGAGUAUGAAGGAGCUAACGUCAGUGUUAGGCGUAGUCUGGCGCUGUCGGCUCCGUCGCUGGGGUAUGAGGGAUCAGAAACACGCAUGGCUGGAAACACUUUCGGAUAUA